UAUGCCUACCCACAAAGCUGACAAUGGCUACACCAGCCUCAGCGCUACGCACGAACGAAUUUCUGCCUCAUUCCUUGGUCCCAAGGGAGAGAACCACAGGGUCCUCCAAGAUAUUUUUGCUGCCAUUACUCAGGACAUCCAAGAGGCUCGAGAGAAGUUCUACCCCGACGAUCCGACUUUCAUAGAUCAAGCGACCAUCCACUCCGCGGCGUACUCCAAACAAAUCCACAAGCUCGAAGAAUAUGUCGAAUUUUUGAGCAAGAUGCUUGCGAAGCAUUGUAUCCCAUUCUUCUCCCCUCGGUACAACGGGCACAUGGUUUCCGACGCUUCCAUGCCCGCGAUUAUUGGUUAUCUCGUAGGCAUGCUUUGGAACCAAAAUAACGUCACCCCAGAGGCCAGUCCUAUCACCAGCCACGUCGAAUACCUUGUCGGCCAGCAGUUGUGCCGGCUGCUUGGCUAUCGUUCGUAUUAUGACCCCAAGCCUGCUAGUGAUCAUCCCGCGCCGCCUAUUGGAUGGGGUCACAUCACGUGUGGCGGUAGUGUUGCCAACUUGGAGUCUGCAUGGCAUUUAGCCCGGAACCUCAAGUUCUAUCCAUUGUCGUUGCUGCGUGCCGUGAAAGAAGGCUCCCUCUUCUUCGUCGCAGACGCGUUCGAAGUGAACCUUUGCAAUGGGGAUAAGAAGAAGCUCGCCAUUUGUUCAGCAUGGGAGCUCCUCAAUCUCUCCGUCGACGAGAUUCUUGAUCUCCCGACUCGCCUGGUCGACAAUUACGGAAUUUCAACCCAGUUUAUCGAAGGCGCUGUGGCCCCUUACCUCAUUGCGAACACGGGCAAGGAAGUGCUCGAAAAUCAUUUUGGGAUAAAGGCUCCCAAGAUGGCCGUCAGUCUCGCCUGCCAUUACUCCUGGCCCAAGUCAACCGCUAUCACUGGGAUGGGUAUGGAUAAUCUGGUCCACAUCGGCGUCGACAUCACCGCUCGCAUGGAUAUCCGUCGUUUGGACGAGUUCUUGCGAAAGUGCCUUGAGGAACAGCAAGCCGUUUAUAUGGUGGUAUCCAUCAUGGGAACGACAGAGCACGGAGCGGUAGAUCCUCUUUUCGACAUCAUCCAGCUCCGCAACGAAUAUCAGAAGAUGGGUCUUUCUUUCUACGUCCAUGUUGAUGCUGCCUGGGGCGGUUAUUUCGCUUCUAUGCUGCCUCCGCCAGAGGCCGUCAUAAUUCCACUCCCUGCUGAUUUACCACCAUCUGGCGAUGUUGUCUUGCAACGCCCGCUUUCAGAAUACACGAAGAACCAGCUGUUUUCUAUCCGGUUUGCUGAUUCUUGUACCGUCGAUCCUCACAAGGCUGGCUUCGCGCCAUAUCCUUCGGGGAGUUUGUCCUAUAGAGACGAGCGCUUGCGCUUUAUGGUGACCAUGACGGCCGCAUAUAUUAACACCACUGCAGACGUCGACAGCAUUGGAACGUAUGGCGUAGAGGGGAGCAAACCUGGAGCGGCUGCCACUUCUGUGUGGUUGGCGCAUCAUGUCAUCGGCCUCCACUACAAAGGCUAUGGCACGCUUCUGGGAGAAGCUAUGUAUACGUCCGCGAAGUUAUAUUGUAAUUGGGCCACGAUGACCUUUAAUGAACCAGAGCUAAUCGUCAAGACCCUCGUCAUGCUUCCCUCCGAGAAAGCUGGCAUGCCCCAAUCUGCCAUCGACGAAGAAACGCAGUACAUCAUCGACAAUAUCGUCAACAAGUCCAACAGCGAAGUUCUGCACAAUCGCGAGGUCAUGGAGAAGCUUUCCGAGCUAGGCGGCGACCUCGUCAUCACUGUCUUCGCGUGCAACUUCCGUGUAAAUGGAAAGGCCAACGAAGACGUCGCCGAGGUAAACUUCUUGAACCGUCGUUUGUUCGAGCGAUUCUCUGUCACGAAGCGCCAAGACGAUCCGUAUACCCGCGAGCUGAUUGUUGGGUCUUCGACUUUUGAAGAGAAGACUUAUGGACCAGCCUUGGAGAAGUACAAGGAGCGACUCGGACUCAAGGGUGAAGGCGAUCUCACAGUCAUGACCCUCGUCCCGAUGUCGCCUUUCCCUACUGCACACAGCUUGGUGAAGAGCCUCGCGGAUACGUUCAAGGAAGCUGCGAAGGAGGAGAUUAAGGAAUGCGAGGCUCGUAUCUCGGUCUCUAAGGCGCACCAUUCGUUCGUCAUGCAGGGAACGGACAAGCUCUUUCUCUCGUACAUCUCGAUGUUCCAUAUUGGAAACUACCGCCAGCAACUGGUCCUCACCGGUGAACUUCCAGCCAGCAUUAUGCGUGCCUACGCCGAACAAGUAAAGGAGGAACCAGUUGCGUUGUUCACAUUGACGACCGAGAAAGCUCUGCUUUCAAAGACCCUCUCUGAGGGGCAUUGCAAGGUGUCGAUCCACAAAGGACUCGGCACGAAACAUCCAAAGCUCCUUGUUUCCAAUGUUCAGCUCACCAACAUCAGAGUCAUCGUCAACCGUUCCAUCGCUCCCAAGCACCUCGACAAGGCCUACCCAGAGUGUAUGCCGUUCUACCUUUACGGAACCGAACAUCAGCAGCACAUCGGCCAUAUGCUGCUUCAUGCUCCCAACACUCAGCUCACCGCUAGUGGAGUCAGGCUUAUCCUCGACGAGCCGAUGUUCUCGUUGGCUAAUGGGCGCGACGGCUCACUAGAGGGGCUAAUUGCCAUCGCUGACACUACGCGCGAGCGCGCCAUGCAGCCCUUCAACGCGGACCACGAACCGUCGUUCUUCGUUCCUAGGCGCGAGAUUCCCGUUACCAUCUAUAGGGACCUCAACCCCGCCAGUGCUCAUGGACCCGGGCUGCUCAACGUCCUCGGGAAGCCCGUCGCUACGGGCACCAUGACGCUCUCUGCCAGCGUCUUCGUCGACUACACGCUUGUCAACCAGGAGCAUGGGAUCGCGCUCGGCGAGAAACAUACGAAGGCGAGGGCGCCCGGCGUCCCGGACAUCUUACAUCGCAUCGGUGGCGUGCCAAUACACGGCGAGAGGUAUAGCAUCACCCCGAUGGACAUGGCCGCGAUAUUUAACGGCCUCGUCGCGCAUCAUCCUGGGGAUAAGCAUACCCGUAAGACAGCGACUCGCAAGGGAUGGAGGGACGCGUUCCAUGAAGAGUUGGCGAAGAGGAAGCUGGAGAAGGUGUG